AUGAACUAUUUGAUAAAAACGAAAUCGAUUCUCAAAACUUUAUUCUUAUCAACCGUUUUUCUAUUACCAAAAUCACUCAUCGGUAUACUAUUGGCCGUGUCACCAUUUGUGGAACUCGUUAGUUCACCUUGUUGGAGUAUCCUUGCAGAUAGACGUAAUACGCAUCGCAAGAUUAUAAUUUCAUGUACCACAUGUAUUAUAUUUGUAUAUAGUUUUUUACCAUUUACUGGAAAACUUCUUGGCUUUGGUGGCCUUUUUAUCAACCUUGUUAUUUAUUCGUUGUUUAAUGGGGGAGUUUCGCCAUUGAUUGAUAAUCUAACCAUAAAUGUAUUAAAUCAUAAAGGAGAAUUAGCAAAAUUUGGUCGCCAGCGUCUUUUCGGGACCAUAAGUUGUGGGGUUUCCGUAGUUGUGCUUGGAUUUAUAAUAGAUAGAUUGAAUUCACUUUAUACAAUGUUUUUUUCAUUUGGAUUUUUCAUGGGGCUGUUUUUAUUAGUUCUAUGCUUAACACCUGUUGGUGAUUUUAAAGCAGAUCAUCAUGAAGAACAAGUUACAGACGACAUAGAAUUCGGACGUACUUCAAAUGAAAUUCCUACACAGAUUGUAGAUACCAAUGUUAUAGUAACUGCACCACCACCAUUAAUUAAAGCAGAUCAUCAUGAAAAACAAGUUACAGACGACAUAGACCUCGUUCAAUUCGGACGUACUUCAAAUGAAAUUCCUACACAGAUUGUAGAUACCAAUGUUAUAGUAAUUGCACCACCACCAUUAAUUAAAGCAGAUCAUCAUGAAGAACAAGUUACAAACGACAUAGACCUCGUUCAAUUCGGACGUACUUCAAAUGAAACUCCUACACAAAUUGUAGAUACCAAUGUUAUAGUAACUGCACCACCACCAUUCAUGAAAGCAAUUUUUAGACUCAUCAUAGAACCACAGGAUCUUAAAGCUGAUGCAAAAUUGUUGGGAUUAAGCACCUUUGUAGGUGUGACUGUUGAAAUGUUAGCUUUUUAUUUUGGAAAAUAUAUCAUGGAAUAUACAUUUCCAGAAGUUAUUGUUGUAGCAGGAGAAAUUAUAUCUACUCUUAGAGUUGUAUUAUAUGCGUUUUUUGGUAAAAGACUUGAAUUUGCAUUGGUAAAGCCAGCAUCUUUAGAAAUUAUGUCACAACUAUCACCACCAACACUGAGGGCUACAGCAAUUGGUAUACUUGCAGCCACAGAAAGUUUGUCUACAG